CAAUUCCCAUCAUAUACCCUCAGGCCUCAAUUAUCUCCUCAAUUCCCAAUUCCCCAUUCCUAAUUCCUAAUUCCUAAUUCCCCCUUUUCACAAACACCUCUCUCUCGUUAAAUCAACCACUCAAAAAACCAAAAAAGGGAAAAAAAAAAGAAAAUACCAAAAGGAAAAAAGAAGGAAAAAACGAGAGGAAGGUUAAACGGAAUACAAUUUCACUCUUCUCUUCAUCGUCUUCUUCCUCCCUUAAAUCUGCUGUUAAAUUUGCCACCUGGCGCAUCUUAGCCGCCGCCGCCGCCGCCGCCGCCGUCGUCGACGACCUUUUGAAUUUCAUCGCCUUUUCCCUCCCAAACCCGAUUACCCGAGCCGAUUCAAUUCCUCAUUGCUCCUUCGUUCGCCUUCCCGCCGAUUCACUUCCGGCGACUCCCAAUUGCCGCCGUCGAUACGGAUACCAUAACCUCUUACCCUCCGCGUUUCCUUCCAUCUUAAUUACUCAAACUGUCUUCUCUCUCUUCUGCUUGCCUUCUCGAGGGUUCAAAGCUUCUUUUUCACCAACACUAAGUUGAGGUCUUUUAUUCCAUGUAGAAGAAUGGCCUUUUUUAGGAAUCAUUCAAAUGAACCAGUUUCCCAUGGUGUCUUGGAGGACAAAGGUCAGGGAGAAAUUGCCGAUAGAACUCACACCUCUGCAGGAAAUGACGAGGUAGAAAUGAGCACAGGGAAAGAAUUUGAUAUGAACAUGGACGUGCACUAUAAUAAUGGUGGUCAGGUGGAUGAAUCCAGUAGGCUUCAAAAUGAGUCAGCUGCAGAUGAUGGAAUUGCUAUGAGAGUGUCAAACUUGCAAAAUUCUGGAAGAAGGACGGUAGUGGGUAGAAGGUGGGGUUCAACUUUUUGGAAGGACUGCCAACCUAUGAUUCAUGGGGGCUCCGAUUCUGCACAGGAGUCGAAGAGUGAGUCUGACAAUAGAACUGGAGAAGGAUCAGAAGAUAAUAUAUCCAAUGAAAAAGAUGGAGGAUCAGAAUUUGAAGAUGAUGAUGACCAGCCAAAAGAGGUGGUUAAAGGUCAAAGAAGGUAUUCUGAUGUCCCCGUCGAAGAUGGGACGUUGUCAGAUGAAUAUUAUGAGCAGGAUGUAGAUGAUCAGAGUGAUUCCAUGCCAUACAGAGGCUAUAAUAACUCAGUUAAGUCAAAUAGGUCACAGUCGCAGCCUGUUACUGCCAACAACAAUCACUUGCGAAGAAAUUCUAGAGUUGUGAAUGAUGAAGACGAUGAAGAUGGAGAUUAUGAAGACCAUAAUGAUGAUGCUGAUUAUGAAGAAGAGGAUGAGGAAGAAGAAGAUGACCCUGAUGACGUGGACUUCGAACCUGAUUAUGGUGUCACAAGUGGUCGUUCAGUGAAAAAGGAUAAAGACUGGGAUGGUGAAGAUUAUGAGGAAGAAGAUGGUAGUGAUGAUGAUUUGGAAAUCUCUGAUGAGGAUGCAUCUAACUAUGGAAAGAAAGGCAGGGGAAAGCAACGAGGUAAAGGAGGGCGCACUAUAAAACCUACCACUGAACUUAAAUCAUACCAAUCAUCUAUUCGACAAAGAAAAGGAAAAUCCUCAUAUGAAGAGGAUGAAUCUUCAACGGAGGAUUCUGCUAGUGAUAGUGUUGAGGGUUUAAAAAGUUCAGGAAAGACUGGCACUCACCUUCGCAAGAAUAGUGGUCGGUUAUCUGUAGUAACAGGUGUCUCAGGACGGAGAAGUGAGGUCAGAACUUCUAGUAGGUCAGUUCGAAAAGUUUCAUAUGUUGAAAGUGAAGAAAGUGAAGAAUUUGAUGAGGGCAAAAAGAAAAAGUCCCAAAAGGAGGAAGUCGAAGAGGAAGAUGGUGAUGCAAUUGAAAAGGUUCUCUGGCACCAGCCAAGGGGCAUGGCUGAAGAUGCUUUAAGGAAUAACAGAUCAAUUGACCCCGUCCUGUCUAGUCAUUCAUUUGAUUCUGAAGCGGAUUGGAAUGAGGUGGAAUUUUUGAUAAAAUGGAAAGGCCAGUCACAUUUACACUGUCAAUGGAAAUCAUUCUCUGAACUACAACAUCUUAGUGGUUUUAAGAAGGUUAUAAACUAUACGAAAAAGGUCGUGGAGGAAAUAAAGUUCAGGAACAGUAUCUCCCGUGAGGAGAUUGAGGUCUAUGAUGUCAGUAAGGAAAUGGAUUUAGAUCUCAUCAAGCAAAACAGUCAGGUGGAGAGAGUAAUUGCUGACCGUAUCAGCAAAGAUGGUUCAGGUGAUGUAGUACCGGAGUAUUUGGUAAAGUGGCAAGGAUUGUCUUAUGCUGAAGCAACUUGGGAAAAGGAUGUAGAUAUUUCAUUUGCCCAAGAUGCCAUUGAUGAGUACAAGGCUCGUGAAGCUGCAAUGUCUGUGCAAGGGAAAUCAGUUGAUAUUCAGCGUAAAAAGAGCAAAGUGAGUUUAAGGAAACUUGAUGAACAGCCUGAAUGGUUGAAGGGAGGCAAGCUUCGAGAUUAUCAGCUUGAGGGUUUGAAUUUUCUUGUUAAUAGUUGGAGAAAUGAUACUAAUGUAAUUUUAGCUGAUGAAAUGGGUCUUGGGAAAACUGUUCAGUCUGUUUCCAUGCUUGGAUUUUUACAGAAUGCUCAACAAAUUCAUGGUCCGUUUCUUGUUGUUGUACCACUGUCCACAUUGUCGAACUGGGCCAAAGAAUUUAGGAAGUGGCUGCCUGAUAUGAAUGUUAUUGUCUAUGUCGGUACCCGUGCAAGCAGAGAGGUCUGUCAGCAACAUGAAUUUGAAAAUAAAAGAACUGGCAGACCUAUAAAGUUUAAUGCGUUGUUGACCACGUAUGAAGUAGUUCUGAAGGAUCGUGCAGUUCUUUCAAAGAUCAAGUGGAAUUAUUUGAUGGUCGAUGAAGCUCAUAGGUUAAAGAAUAGUGAGGCACAGUUGUACACGACCCUUUCGGAGUUUAGCACAAAAAAUAAACUGCUCAUUACUGGCACUCCAUUGCAGAACAGUGUGGAAGAGCUAUGGGCUCUGCUUCACUUUCUUGAUCCUGAAAAGUUCAAGAGCAAGGAUGACUUUGUUCAGAAUUACAAGAACCUUAGUUCGUUCAAUGAGAAUGAGCUCGCUAAUCUUCACAUGGAACUGAAGCCUCACAUCCUUCGUCGAGUUAUAAAGGAUGUUGAGAAGUCUUUGCCUCCCAAGAUUGAGCGUAUUCUUAGGGUAGAGAUGUCUCCACUCCAGAAACAGUACUACAAAUGGAUUUUAGAACGCAACUUUCAUGAUUUAAACAAAGGAGUUCGUGGGAAUCAGGUUUCCCUUUUGAACAUUGUGGUGGAGUUAAAGAAAUGCUGCAAUCACCCCUUUCUGUUUGAAAGUGCAGAUCACGGUUAUGGUGGGGACUUCGACUCAAAUGAUAGCAGCAAGCUGGAUAGAAUAAUCUGGAGCAGUGGGAAGCUAGUUAUACUUGAUAAGUUAUUAAUGAGGUUGCAUGAGACAAAGCAUCGGGUUUUGAUUUUCUCACAGAUGGUUAGAAUGCUCGACAUUCUGGCUGAUUACAUGUCAUACAGAGGAUUCCAAUUUCAGAGGCUUGAUGGAAGUACAAAGGCUGAGUUUCGCCAGCAGGCAAUGGAUCAUUUCAAUGCACCUGGUAGUGAUGAUUUUUGCUUCCUUCUUUCAACUCGAGCUGGUGGCUUAGGUAUAAACCUUGCAACAGCAGAUACAGUAAUCAUAUUUGAUUCUGACUGGAACCCACAAAAUGACUUACAGGCGAUGAGUAGGGCCCAUAGAAUAGGGCAACAGGAAGUUGUUAAUAUAUACAGAUUUGUUACAAGCCGAAGCGUUGAGGAAGAUAUCUUGGAGCGAGCAAAGAAGAAGAUGGUUCUUGAUCAUCUGGUGAUUCAAAAAUUAAAUGCGGAAGGUAGAUUGGAGAAGAGAGAAGCCAAAAAAGGCGUUAAUUUUGAUAAAAAUGAGCUGUCAGCUAUUUUAAGAUUUGGGGCAGAAGAACUUUUCAAGGAGGACAAGAAUGAUGAAGAUAGUAAGAAGAGGUUGCAAAGUAUGGAUAUUGAUGAGAUUCUUGAAAGAGCAGAGAAGGUUGAAGAGAAAGAAGCUGGGGGAGAGGAAGGGCAUGAAUUGCUGAGUGCUUUCAAGGUUGCUAACUUUUGUAGUGCUGAAGAUGACAGAAGUUUUUGGAGUCGUUGGAUAAAACCAGAAGCAGUCUCCCAGGCAGAACAAGCUCUAGUUCCUCGCGCUGCCAGGAAUACGAAGAGCUAUGCAGAGGCUAAUCAGCCUGAGAGUGUUGGUAAAAGGAAGAAAGGAUCUGGGCCUGUUGAGAGGGCUCAGAAACGCCGUAAAGGUGAUAUUUCUGCUUCUUCAGCACCAAUGAUUGAGGGUGCAUCUGCUCAAGUGAGAAGGUGGUCUUGUGGGAAUUUGUCUAAAAGAGAUGCGUUACGCUUUUCUCGUGCGGUUAUGAAAUUUGGGAAUGAGAGUCAAAUUAGCUUAAUAGCUGCAGAUGUCGGUGGUGCAAUUGGAGCAGCUAAGCCUGAGGCACAGAUUGAACUAUUCAAUUCUUUACUUGAUGGCUGUCGAGAUGCUGUUGAAUCAGGAACCACAGACCCAAAGGGACCGAUGUUAGAUUUUUUUGGUGUGCUAGUGAAAGCUAAUGAACUUCUUAACCGAGUUGAAGAGCUUCAGCUUCUAGCAAAACGAAUUAGCCGUUAUGAAGAUCCUAUCAAGCAAUUUCGUGCAUUGAUGCACCUAAAACCUUCAAAUUGGUCAAAAGGUUGUGGUUGGAACCAGAUUGAUGAUGCAAGAUUGCUAUUGGGAGUACACUACCAUGGUUUUGGUAAUUGGGAAAAGAUCAGGUUGGAUGAGAAACUCGGCCUCAUGAAAAAGAUUGCUCCUGUGGAACUUCAACAUCAUGAAACCUUUCUGCCACGUGCUCCCAAUUUGAGAGAUCGUGCUAAUGCACUUCUGGAGAUGGAACUUGCUGCAAUGGGUAAAAGUUUGAAUCCCAAAGCUGGUCGAAAGACUACAAAGAAGGAUAGGGAAAAUUUACAAAAAGUUUCGGCAUCACGUGGCUUGGAUAAAAAGGGAAAACCAGGUUCUCCUAAGGUAAAGACCAAAAUGAGGGACAGAACUUCCAAACCCCAGAGAGUUGAGAACCUUGUGAAAGAGGAGGGUGAAAUGUCUGACAACGAAGAAGUAUAUGAGCAUUUCAAGGAAGUUAAAUGGAUGGAAUGGUGUGAAGAUGUCAUGGCCGAUGAAAUUGUAACUCUGGAACGACUUCAAAGGUUACAGACAACUAGUGCCAAACUCCCAAAGGAAAAGGUGCUUUCAAAAAUUCGCAAUUACUUGCAGCUUCUUGGAAGAAGAAUAGAUCAAGUUGUUCUAGAUCACGAGGAGGAACCGUAUAAACAAGAUAGGAUGACAAUGCGAUUGUGGAAUUAUGUCUCCACCUUUUCAAAUUUGUCCGGGGAGAGACUUCAUCAAAUUUAUUCAAAGCUUAAGCAGGAAAAAGAAGUGGGGGCAGGUCCGUCCUACAUCAAUGGUACUGGAUCUGGUAUUAUGGGCAGGGAUGGUGAUUCUGCUCAUGUUGGAGCCUUUCCUCGUCAUUUUCAGAGGGUACGGGGGAACAAAAAUAAUAGUUCCCACCAAAUGUCUGAACCAGUUCCAAAGGGGCUUGAAACCGGGAAAUACGAAGCAUGGAAACGGCGAAGAAGAGGAGGGGAUGCAGACAGUCAAUACCAAGUUCCUUGCCCACCUUCAAAUAACAUGAGUAACGGCAGUCGGAUACCAGAUCCAAAUUCAUUGGGGAUUCUUGGGGCAGCACCAACUGAAAACAACAGGAGGUUUGCUAACGAUCGGCCGUACAGGAUCCGUCAAUCUGGUUUUCCUGCAAGACAAGGUUGAGAGAUGGGAGGACCAAGUAAGCCUCUUCUGCAGUGUGGAAGGGUGGCUGAUUUGAGAGAAGGCUUUCAGCUUCGACCCUAUCCGUUCACCACUGCCAGCGGUAUAUAAUUCUCUGGUUCUUUUUCCACCAUGGGAAUAAAUAGCUGCAGACCUCUAUUUGUGUUAUGUGGCUGACCCUAGAAAGUUAAUCUGCGAAAAAAACAUAAAAUGGGAUAUUUGAUCCUGACCAUUGACCGCCGAGGCCAGUUGAAAAGAUGCUAUGGUACGUUCAGGGCUAGAGGCAUCUUUGCGAGUUGAGUUCGAGUAAUUUGUUCGUAUAUAGCGAAAAUUCGGAAGAAGGGGAUCUACUUCUCGCUCAUUUGGUACGCAACAAGUUCAUGAGGGUAGAUCCUGCACAUACUAUGUUCACCCUAAAUUGUACAUUAUCAGUUAUUUCAAAAAUUUUGAUCAUUUUUUUCUUCUCCUUUUUGGCUACAAUAGUACAAUUCGUGUCCUCAUUUGUUCAUAAGAAAUGUAGUUCGAUGAUUCUUCAAAUGUACCCCCAAGUAACCAUUGGAUUCUUUUUUUUUUUUUUCUCUUUCUCAAAACUUUUAUUUAGAAACA